GAGAGCCCUCGCGGAGCCGCUCCUGCCGCCGCUGCCGCCACCUCCUCAUUCAUCCUCGUGCACCAUAGGUGGCACAGGCACCAAGAUGUCCAACCGAGUGGUCUGCCGGGAAGCCAGUCACGCCGGGAGCUGGUACACAGCCUCAGGACCGCAGCUGAAUGCACAGCUAGAAGGUUGGCUCUCACAAGUACAGUCUACAAAAAGACCUGCUAGAGCCAUUAUUGCACCCCACGCAGGAUAUACAUACUGUGGGUCUUGUGCUGCUCAUGCUUACAAACAAGUGGACCCAUCUAUUACCCGGAGAAUUUUCAUCCUUGGGCCUUCUCAUCAUGUGCCCCUCUCUCGAUGUGCACUUUCCAGUGUGGAUAUAUAUAGGACACCUCUGUAUGACCUUCGUAUUGACCAAAAGAUUUACGGAGAACUAUGGAAGACAGGAAUGUUUGAACGCAUGUCUCUGCAGACAGAUGAAGAUGAACACAGUAUUGAAAUGCAUUUGCCUUAUACAGCUAAAGCCAUGGAAAGCCAUAAGGAUGAGUUUACCAUUAUUCCUGUACUGGUUGGAGCUCUGAGUGAGUCAAAAGAACAGGAAUUCGGAAAACUCUUCAGUAAAUAUCUAGCGGAUCCUAGUAAUCUCUUUGUGGUUUCUUCUGAUUUCUGCCAUUGGGGUCAAAGGUUCCGUUACAGUUACUAUGAUGAAUCCCAGGGGGAGAUUUAUAGAUCCAUUGAACAUCUAGAUAAAAUGGGUAUGAGUAUUAUAGAACAACUAGACCCUGUAUCUUUUAGCAAUUACUUGAAGAAAUACCAUAAUACUAUAUGUGGAAGAAAUCCCAUUGGGGUGUUAUUAAAUGCUAUCACAGAGCUCCAGAAGAAUGGAAUGAAUAUGAGCUUUUCCUUUUUGAAUUAUGCCCAGUCAAGCCAGUGUAGAAACUGGCAAGACAGCUCAGUGAGUUAUGCAGCGGGAGCACUCACGGUCCACUGAAGCUCUGAAUCCUCAGGGAUGCCACCUGCACAUACUUAUUCU